CAUUUGUCUUUUAUUCUCUCUACUGCUUUAUGCUGAAAUGAGUCGAAUGCCCAAAUUGGGGUGUCUUUUCUCCCAUUCCUGCGCUAUUGACACUUAGUUCUCAGAGUAGUUGUGGUAGGUCGGGGUAAGGUUGGGGUGAUCCAGAACUGGAUCAGGGUAGAGUGACUUGUCAAGAUGCGAGAGAAGGCAGAGGGAAAACGGGGGUGCGUUCUGAAAAGUAGCCUUUACAGAUUUUUGCCAAUUGUGUAGGACGCUGACCCCCGGCCGGUCGGACAUUCCUGCUUUAUUGCAUUAAUUGCUGUUUGGGUUGUGGAGGUGGCUGCUUCGCGGUGGGCAGAAAGCCCUUGGCAUCCCGAGCUCCUUGGAAUAUGGAUUACAUAUUAUUGCGUGUGUGAGCGGGCGAGCUCCGCGGCAGCUGACUUUUCCCCGUCUCCGGGAGGGCAUUUAAAUUUCGGCUUACCGCAUUUCUGACAGCCGGAGACAGACCCUGCGGCGCGUCCCGCCCGCCGGCCCCCGCGGCGAUUCUAGCUCGCCCCUGCCCUGCUCCUUUUUAAAAGUUGGCAUAUGGCAUUUUAAAAGAAUAAUAAAAUUAAAAGCCUUGGUCUCCAGAGGUGUUAGGACUUGAUGUUGGGGAGGCGCAGGGAGGGGAAAGGGAAAGCUGGGAUGUGUCUGAUUCUCCUGGAAUCGUCGACUUGGAAAAAACCGGGACGAAUCUCCGCACCCAGCCUUGACUCCCCGGCUGCCGCCGCCCUCGGGUGUCCCUACGCCCCCCGAGAUGCGGAGAGACAGCGAGGAGCGGGGCUCGGGCUGCCGCGACGAUGCCCCUCAACGUCAGCUUCGCCAACAGAAACUAUGACCUCGACUACGACUCGGUGCAGCCGUAUUUCUACUGCGAUGAGGAGGAGAACUUCUACCAGCACCAGCAGCAGAGCGAGCUGCAGCCGCCGGCGCCCAGCGAGGAUAUCUGGAAGAAAUUCGAGCUGCUGCCCACCCCGCCCUUGUCCCCGAGCCGCCGCUCCUACGUUGCGGUCGCCGCGUCCUUCUCCCCCAGGGGAGACGACGACGGCGGCGGCGGCGGGAGCUUCUCCACGGCCGACCAGCUGGAGAUGGUGACCGAGCUGCUGGGAGGAGACAUGGUGAACCAGAGCUUCAUCUGCGACCCGGACGACGAGACCUUCAUCAAAAACAUCAUCAUCCAGGACUGUAUGUGGAGCGGCUUCUCGGCCGCCGCCAAGCUGGUGUCGGAGAAGCUGGCCUCCUACCAGGCUGCGCGCAAAGACAGCGGCAGCCCGAGCCCCGCCCGCGGGCCCAGCGGCUGCUCCACCUCCAGCUUGUACCUGCAGGACCUGAGCGCCGCCGCCUCCGAGUGCAUCGACCCCUCCGUGGUCUUCCCCUACCCGCUCCAUGACAGCAGCUCCCCCAAGCCCUGCGCCUCACCUGACUCCACCGCCUUCUCCUCGUCCUCGGACUCUCUGCUCUCCUCCACCGAGUCCUCCCCGCGGGCCAGCCCCGAGCCCCUGGCGCUUCACGAGGAAACACCACCCACCACCAGCAGCGACUCUGAGGAAGAACAGGAGGAUGAGGAAGAAAUCGAUGUCGUCUCUGUGGAAAAGAGGCAGCCCCCUGCCAAAAGGUCAGAAUCGGGGUCACCUUCUGGCGGAGGCCACAGCAGACCUCCUCACAGCCCGCUAGUCCUCAAGCGGUGCCAUGUCUCCACCCAUCAGCACAAUUACGCAGCGCCCCCCUCCACCAGGAAGGACUAUCCCGCUGCCAAGAGGGCCAAGUUGGACAGUGUCAGAGUCCUGAGACAGAUCAGCAACAACCGGAAAUGCACCAGCCCCAGGUCCUCGGACACCGAGGAGAAUGACAAGAGGCGGACACACAACGUCCUGGAGCGCCAGAGGAGGAACGAGCUGAAACGGAGCUUUUUUGCCCUGCGUGACCAGAUCCCAGAGUUGGAAAACAACGAAAAAGCCCCCAAGGUAGUUAUCCUUAAAAAAGCCACUGCAUACAUCCUGUCCAUCCAAGCAGAGGAGCAAAAGCUCAUUUCAGAAAAGGACUCCUUGAGGAAGCGCCGAGAACAGUUGAAACACAAACUUGAACAGCUGCGGAACUCUUGUGCAUAAGCGGACCUGUUGGAGGAAGGAACUGGAAUGGCUCACGAAUUCUCGCUUGUCACAAAGGGAAAGUAAGGAAAAAGGUUCCUUCCAACAGAACUGGCGCGAUUUAUUACCUAUGAACCUAUUUCAAAUGCAUGAUCAGAUGCAACCUCACAACCUUGGCUGGGUCUUAGGACUGAAAGGCUUAGCCAUAAUGUAAACUGCCUCAAAUGGGACUUUGGGCAUAAAAGAACUUUUUUUAUGCUUGCCAUCUUUUUUUUGUUUUUUCCUUUAACAGAUUUGUAUUUAAGAAUUGUUUUUAAAAGAUUCUAAGGUUUACCCAAUUUUUCUGUGUAAAUAUGGCCAUUAAAUGUAAAUAACUUUAAUAAAACGUUUAUAGCAGUUAUACAAGAUUUCAAACCAUGUAUUAUAAAACCAUAAUUUUUUUAUUUAAGUACAUUUUCCUUUUUAAAGUUGAUUUUUUUUCUAUUGUUUUUAGAAAAAAUAAAAUACCUGGCAAAUAUAUAAUUGAGCCAAA